CCUAUCGGACAAUAAGCGGUAAUGGCAGAAUCUGACACACAGGAGACUCGCCAAGCCGCAAAGGAUUCACCGUUCUCCAUAAAGAACCUGCUCAACAUCGAAGACAAGCCCCCGAAGCCGACGCCCCCGCUCGGGUCUUCCAAAGGAGUGUUUGAGGGCAGCUUUUUCUCCAGGCUCAGCGAGCUGUCUCUGCCUCGGUUUGAGCUGCCCGGCCAGAGGAUCGGACUGUCAGCGCAGUAUCUGGAGAGAGCGUCUGCCUGGUGGUACCCAUACACGCUGGGAGCGCAUUUUAGAACUGCUUCGGGUUCGGAAAAGGUCAACCAGAGGGAAGAAGACAGGCGCACCCCGGAUCUCCAAAAAAACGAGCAGGAUGCCAAAGAGGAGAGCGCCGACGACGACCUGGCUCUGGACGAGAGCGACGUCGACGAGUCCAAGAAGGAAACAGAUCAGGAGGAGGACUGGAGGAGAAAGCAGGACGAGCUGGACCCGGACAAGAAGCCCUGCCGGAAGAAAAAGACGCGCACGGUGUUCUCCCGGAGCCAGGUCUUCCAGCUGGAGUCCACCUUCGACAUCAAGCGCUACCUGAGCAGCUCGGAGCGCGCCGGCCUGGCCGCGUCGCUGCACCUCACCGAAACGCAGGUGAAGAUCUGGUUCCAGAACCGGAGGAACAAGUGGAAGAGGCAGCUGGCCGCCGAGCUGGAAGCGGCCAACAUGAGCCACGCGGCGGCGCAGAGGAUCGUGCGGGUGCCGAUACUUUACCACGAGAGCGGGGCCUCGGACGCAAACGGCAGCCCCGGGACGAACUCACCGGGCGGCCAGUCACUGCUGGCCUUCCCCCAUCACAUGUACUACUCCCACCCGACGCCGCUGCUGAGGCCGGUUUAACGAUGAUUGCGUUUUUAAAUGAGAGCAGGUCAAAAGAAAAAAAGGGAUUUUGUACAUUUUGUAUAUUAUUAUUAUUAUUAUUAUUAUUAUUAUUAUUAUUAUUA